GCGGGGCCGUCUCAGUCCUCAGUCGUCCGUCUGGAGUCGACGCGGCCGGCCGGGCCGCGCGGCGAAAUAUUCGUUCCUCGUGCUCUUGUGAUCAUAAAAUUUAAAAUAACAAAAUUCAAAAUAAAUCUCUAACCGCGUCUAAUCGAAAAUAUUUUUAGGCUAAACCCCUCGACCCUAAAUUUUUUGACCUAAACUGUUGGUGGAAAAAAAAAGUUUUUUGCAAAAUUUUUAAUAUUUAUGUCGGUUAUAUUUGUAAAGAGAAUUAACGUUUGGCAGUUAUCGAGAAUAUUUUUAUUUGAUAUUUUAUUUUCUUAUCGGACCGAACUCGAGUGAACGAUUGGUAGCGUAGUUUAGCUUAAGCGUUGAAUUAAUGUUAAGGACUAGUUUGUAAUUAAGACUGCCACAAAUAUACUCGUCUAUAGAGUAAGUUAGUUAUGGGACUCAUGUGAUAAUCCGUGCGGACAUUAAGUGAUACGUCAUCAUCUUUGGACCAAGAUAACCGUCGAUCGGCAUCCACAGGGCGACUCCUCACUACGUAAAUUAAAAAAAAGAUCCAUCGGAGGCCACGGGCAUAUUUUGGUCUGGAUAAGUCUCAAAAAUCACAUUAAUGAACGGGCAAUGCGGCGCAAGUAGCGCGGUGGGGCCCAGCCCGCCGCCCGCUCGGCCAAUCGCGGCGCGUCAUGUCAUCGGAGGAGGAGGAUACCCCCUACUCAGAUAAGCUCCUAAAGAAACAGAAGCGCGCCAGACAGCGCGUGGACGCCGGCGAGCCGCGCAAUUCUUACUCGACUCUCGCGACGAACGGUCCCGCGCCCGCGCGCUCCGCGAUGAGUGGCGGUAUUUACGGCGCCAUUUUCGAGGGCCGACAACACUUCGGUUUGUUCGGUCCCGGCUACGCGCAGGCCGAGAUGCUCAACGAGCUUCUCGGACGCCCGCCUAAACAGGAGGACGGCAGCGAUGAGGCUGCCGGCGGUGGCAUCGCUCACAGAGUGCUGCGAGAUAUUCUACAGAGCCGCAAGGAACUCAUGCGGCUCUCACCGGACAACAAUAACGUGAUAGCGAAUAAUAACAAUGACGAACCGAAGAAUGAGAAGCGGUCGCCCGAGCGGCCGACUUCCAGAGAUUCCCGGCCGGAUCUCGACGAUGCCCUGCUCGCGUUGGACAGUGCCGGUGAUUCGCGAACGUCGCCGCCGCCCGCGCCGCCUCCGUCUGAACCCUUGCUGGCUCCCAAGUCGGAGCCCGAGGACCGCGACAGCGACGCGCAGCGCUCCUCCCCGCGGCCGCAGGAUGUGAAACGUGCCCGUGUUGAGAACAUUGUGUCGACCAUGCGCGCCAGCCCCGCCCCGCAGCCACAAGUGAACGGAUGCAAGAAGCGAAAACUGUACCACCCGCAGCAGCACGACGGUGCGGCCGAGCGGUACGGCACCAGCCACGGCAGCAGCGCGCAGACCGUGUCCGACGACUCGGAGGACGACGGCGACCGGCCCCCCAUACAACAAAAGUUAGUAGAAAAGAAUGCUUUAAAAUCACAACUUAGAACUAUGCAAGAACAACUAGCUGAAAUGCAAGAGAAAUAUAUGCAGUUGUGCAAUAGAAUGGGCCAGGACUCGGAAACGGCCGAUAACGAUGGCAGUGACGUAGAACAGACGGAAGAUCCCGUUCCUAAGUCAGAGCCGGCUUCGCCAGUGAAAGAGAUCCCGCCUCCGAUACCGACCAGUGCUCCGCCAAACAUGCUGUCACAGGUUAUGAGCAAGAUGAUGAGUGCAAAGAUGCACGCACAUGCGGCAGCGCACUUCCCCCCGGGACUCAAUGGCACGCUGCCCAUGCUGCCGCACCUCCCACCCGACCAUAUGCACCCCCCACACCCACACCAGCUCAACAACGCUGCCGCCAUGUACCUCAACGUCAGCCAGAAGCUGUUCCUAGAACAGCAAGAGGCCCGAAUGAAAGAAGCGGCUGAACAGCAACAGAACAUGCAGCAGCAGAGGCCACAGUCCAACCAGCAUUCCCCUCAGCAGCGGCAACUCGGCCAGACGCCCAAGCCUCCCUUGUCUUCAGAACUAGCUGAAAGAUUAGAUGCAAUACGUAGCAAUGCCGGUUCAGUCGGACCCGUCACUGGUGCCGACUUGGAAGGUCUAGCGGAUGUCUUGAAAAGUGAAAUCACAGCGUCCCUGGCGAGCCUCAUCGACUCCAUCGUGACUCGCUUCGUGCAUCAACGCAGAAUCAUGGGCAAGCAAUCGGAAGUGGCGGCGGCGGCGGCGGACCAGCUCAAUAAGGACCUGAUGCGGGCGACGCGACUGCUCGAAAGAAAGUCUCCGCAGCCGAAACCCCCAGAGCGACCCGCAGGACCGAUGCAAGGUAAUCCACCCGUCCAUCCACCCCCAAACGGCGUGCCCUUCCUGACGCAUAACCCAAUGCUAAUGAAUCAAAUAAACGGUUCCCGGCCGCCCGGAGCGUUCCCGCUCCACGGCGACGGGCCCGGACACGGCUCUCACGUGCGCCCUCCGACAGGCAUGUUCCAGGCGCCACCGAAGCCGAUGGGCGCCAUGUACCCGAUGAACGGCCACUUCGAGCGCGAGCCGAACCCCGAGCAGAACGAGGCGCUCAGCCUCGUCGUCACGCCAAAGAAGAAGCGUCACAAGGUGACGGACACGCGGAUAACGCCGCGCACCGUCAGCCGGAUUUUGGGAGAAGGCGUGGGGCAUUCGCCGGAGAGCAAGUUUCCGGAGUCGCCGUCGCCGCGGCCGUACCACGGGGGGAUGGCGCUGCCGACGUCAGUGGCGAUACCUAAUCCGUCGCUGCACGAGAGUCAGGUGUUCUCUCCGUAUUCCCCGUUCUUCGGGGCGGGCGGGGGGCUGGCGCGGUCGCCGCCGGCGCCGGAGCGCGACUCGCCGCCGCUGCCGCACGCGCCGGCGCUGCUGCACCCGGCGCUGCUAGCCGCGGCGCACCACUCCUCGCCGGACUACCUGCGCCACCACCACGCGCACGUGCCCCACCACCUGUCCGUGCCGCACCACCCCCACAUGGACGCUCAAGAUCCUCACUCAGACUGCAACUCUACAGACCUGCCUUACGACGGAGUUCAGCCUACUAUAUCCUUUUCAAAUAGAACAAAACAGCUGCACUCGUCAACGCUGACGCCGAUGCACCUCCGCAAGGCGAAGCUGAUGUUCUUCUGGGUGCGGUACCCCAGCUCCGCGGUCCUGAAGAUGUACUUCCCCGACAUCAAGUUCAACAAGAACAACACGGCUCAACUAGUCAAGUGGUUCUCCAACUUUAGGGAGUUCUACUACAUCCAGAUGGAGAAAUACGCCCGGCAGGCCAUCAGCGAGGGUCUGAAGACGGCAGACGACAUCCAUGUCGCCGGGGACUCGGAGCUCUACCGGGUCCUCAAUUUGCACUAUAACAGGAAUAACCAUAUUGAGGUUCCGCCCAACUUCAGAUACGUGGUGGAGCAGACGCUGCGCGAGUUCUUCCGAGCCAUCCAGGGCGGCAAGGACACCGAGCAGAGCUGGAAGAAGUCCAUCUACAAGGUGAUCUCGCGGCUCGAUGACCCCGUGCCCGAGUACUUCAAGUCGCCAAACUUCCUCGAACAACUCGAGUAGGCCUCCCCGAGGCAACACGCCUCGCCGAGGCAACACGCCUCGAGCCAGCUCGAGAAACAAAACAAAACUUUUGGAAAAAAUGUUUCGCACACCAAAAUUAUACGACACUCGCAUUUAGGCCUUCAGAAUCAAAAUUAUUAAUAAAAAAAGUUAAAUUAAAUUAUAAAUUUUGAAGUUGGACGUGGGACGCGCGCAAGCGCUCUAGACAAUUCAUUAGGUUAUCGAGUAAGAGAAAAUUUAAGUCACCUAGAAUUUUAUUUCUGCACAUAAUAUAUUUCGCUAUAUAUAAUUAUUAUUAUAUUAUUAUUAAGUAUUAUCUUAAAAUGGUUUUAUAGUUGUGUAUAUUAUCUUAAAAAUCAUUUAUUGAUUUAUUCUUUAAGAAAAAAAACGAUUAAUAUAUUAAUUGCUUAAGUUUUGAUUUUGGUUGUUUUUAUUUCGUUUUCUAUCCUUUUCCUUUCCUUCGGAGCAAGUUCCAGUUGCGUUGCAUGUUGAGUUGGUUGUUGGCCCUCGGAGGCACAAAAUUGUCAACCCUUACCUCGUCUUAAUUAUUUUAGGGAUAUUUAACGUUAACCAUAGUUAUUAGUACAAUAGAGCAGGGUUAUUUUUCGAUCCACAAAUAAAACUAAUAUUUAACAAAUUAUUUUUAUACUGAUAGCCGGUUUUGUGUUCUUGCAGAGGAUUUUACGAUAAAAUAGACAGACACAGAAAUUCAAAUAACAUUACACAUCUUUAGUUGAAAUUACAGUAAGCAUCCUUGUUUGUAUUAAGGUCUCGGCAGGUCGGUUCAAGUUCAGUUGUCUGAGGACAGAUAGGGUUAAGUUGAUAUUUGUUAGAAGAAUAAUCUUUUCCAAAAACGCGCCAGGCUUUGCGACGCGCGCAUCUUCCCCUCGACACUCAAAUAUACAAUAUGCUAAUCCAAAUCUUCAUAUCUAUUACAGUUAACUGGGUACUCAUGUAGUUCAGGUAUUUACUUUUCCGAAUUCUGUAUUACAUUUAGGAGUUUUUACAGUCGAGAGGGAAGCCGCCCGCCUCGCAGGCGGGCGCCUCGCGCCGGCUCUCACGCACUCAUAGACAUUCGAUCCACACCCGAACAGAAAACAAUAGUUGAAGGCAACACACAAUAGACCAGACCCCAUCAAAAAUAAUACAAAAUCAUACUCCACCACUUUCGGCUGACAUACACAAAAAUCCACUGGGCCACCUCGUCCGAUCAGAAGUGCCUUCAAAAAUGUUGAUUUUUUACAAGAAAAAGUAAUAAAAUUAAUUGAAAAGGGCCCUCAAUAGUACCUACUGCCCAACCGAAGCCGGUGCGCGGCGUCCGCGCUACUUGCGCGUUCUAACGAACAGUAUACAUACACACACUAUUAUACUAUAGAAGAUUAAUUAGUUUGAUUCGUAGAUAUAUGUAGCGCGACGCCACGAGCGUCGCGCGGCGCGAGCCAGUCAGAUACGGAGUCUGCCUCGCAGAGGCUAGCGGCAGUGCGAGGCAGCUUGGCCCAACCUGGCGCGCGCCGCGCGAGGCAACGAGCCCGCACAACUCGAUGUAUUUGUUAUAACAUGUAGAUGCCGGCCGUCCGCCCCACGCAAGGAACACUUUCAUUUUCACAUCCUUGGUUCGACAGAAGAAAAAUUAUUUUCACGCUUCCUAUAGAUAUAUUGAUAGAUAGUGUACAGAGAUGUAUAGCCAUGUACAUAUACGAUAGUUUUAAUACAGAUGACAAUUAUCGAGUUAACUAUCUAGCCACAGUUUUAAGUGAACCACAAUAGAAACUGGAGAAUUGCGAAUUGAUUUGCGGAAUUGUACAAAUGUUAUAUCAUCCUGAUUUUCGAGUAUGUAAUCCGAGUUAGGCAGGCGGCCGGCCUAGCUAAGCAGGUGUAAGCAUUUUUCAUUUGAUAUUGACACGUUUGUUAUCGUUUAAUUUGUAACCAUUUGAACUAUUACAAUAAUAUAAGAGUACCUCAGUUUAGGACGGACCAGGCGUCGACUGGUGUGCUUAGAAUAGCGUUCAGGUUAGGUGAGAGAUACGGAUACUUUAAGACAUCACAUCAAACACGCAGCCUCCCCCUUUUGGCAGCCGGUUUUAAGUUCCAAAUUUCCCUAGUCCGAAUUCGAAGUUCGAAUUCCCACCCAUCAAACAGGCCAGUAAUAGCCCGGUUUCAGUUCCCAUGAGCGUCUUCCCGUCAGUCGCCGCAGGGUGUCAUAUGUUACGUUACGAUGUUUUUGUUAAAUGUUGUCUGUUUUGUUCUUACCAUAAAUAAUGACAAUUUAGAGCUAAGAAGAAUUUUCUAGAAACUGACUGACACAUCUUCAGCCAUGAAUUGAAGAAUGGAAUUGAUUACGUUUACUCUAAAGAUUUAAGUACAGAGACGCAACAGAUUUAACUUUUUAGCUCUACACUGUCAGCCGGAGUAAUCCUUUAGUAAGUAAUGAAUCCGUUAUUCCGAUCUCUCCAUAGACUCUUCAUAUGUACUAGAAAUAUUCGCAGGCUACACACACACAUUACAAUAGAACAUAUUGAUUUCCCAUCGACAGUACUCAACCGAAACCGUAUUUUCAGACUAGGAGCCGUGAACUUUUAGGAUAUGUUUAUAAGACAGAGGAACCAUUUGAAAAAGUUUUCAAGCAUGUUUUAUCCGGAUUUUUUACUUGAGCGAUACACUGCGCAAGACCACAACGGAUCGCGCGGUUCUUUAUAUCUAAGUUAUUGGUUGACAAUUUUCUAAAUUAGUGUAAAGACUCAAGCUUGAAACAUCGAAAUAUUAGUCCACAGUGAUGCUGGGAGCUAUCCCGCGGAAAAAGUACAAAAUUCGGUGUUGACUUUAAAACUCAUGUUUGUAUCUAUAAUGUAUGUAGAUUUAUUGAAAUUGCCCUUUCGGCAACGUCAGUUGGUUUGGAAGCUUUGUAAUGUAGAGAUAGAGUAUUCUGUUUGGUAUAUUGAUGUAUGGGAUAUUUAUGUUACUCUUUUAGUACUUCGAUUCCGUCUAAAGGUGUCGUUGGGCUAUCAUUAUGAAAGAUAUAUGUAAUUAUUUUCAAAAUUAAUUAUAAAUAAAAAACAAUAUAGAAUGUAUUUGGUUUCACGUUUGGGUAUUAUGGUUCCUAAAUUUUCGAAAAUUGUAAUAGACUCUAUUGUAUGUAGCAUUUCAUUUUUGGAAGUUAGAAGACAUAUAGAUGUACCAAAUAGUUGUAUCAACUUUUCUAUACUUGAACAAAUCAUUAAGAAAUGCUGAAAUUUAGGUGAUAAUGUACUUAAGUAUCAUUUGUUUGUAUCAAAUAAACGUUUUCAAAAUUGAGCACGGAAUACUAUUAGAUCUCGAAACUGACACUGCCGACGCUAGCCAUGUAGCGAGGCGUGUCCUCUUAAUGUUUACACGAGUCGUCGUAAGCAAAGAUAAUUUUGUAAUGAAAUUAAAUUUAAACGAGUAAAUGGAAACAUAUUUUCAAUAUCCUUGUGGUCUUCAUCGACAGCGAUCCACGUUUUGUUCGGCGUGCGCGCAGGCGGCGGGCGCGGACUCAGUGAUAAAUUAAAAAUUAGUUACAAAAUUUAAAAAAACGAAAUUAUUUUAGUAGCGGCGCUCGGCGUACGCAAGUUUGACUAGUGUUUAGGCGUUCUUUCGGUAUCCUCGCAUUUCGGCUAAGUGUGGGCCCGCGGCCGCCUCGCCUGAUGUAUUUAGUACAAAUUUCAUGAUGUUAAGGUAACGAGGCUCAAAGCGUUUCUUUCGGGCGCCCCCGCCCCUCCGUCGCUCGACGUCGUGUAUAAAAUUUUAUUCAAAAAGAGUAUUUUUGUAUUGAAUAUUUCUAAAGUGGGUGUAAAGAUCAAAAAAUUCAUAAAUUAUAGUGUUGACAAAAAUACGUUAGGUAAAUUUAGAAAGUCAUGCGUUUUUUGUAUUUAAUUUUAAGAAUAGCGUCGGGAUAUUAAAAGUUUAGGAGCAACCAUUUGUAAAUACGGGAGAGACGGGGCGAGGGGGGGCGGGGACGCAUUAUAGAUAAAACAAAUAUUAUAAAUAACUUAAAGAUGUUUAUAUGGUUCUGGAUGUAAAAAAGAUAAAUUUAAAGGCGAUUUUAAGAUGGAAUAAUGUCGGUAUUGGUCUCGGAAUGGCUACCGGUCACUAUUGUAAUCUGUGGGCCUCAGACUCGAACCUAGUGUAACGACAAACCUAACCUAACUACGCAUUAAUAUUACGGUUCUUAAUACAAUACUUAUACAUUAAUAUAAUAUCACAUUGUCAUAAUGCUUUAGUUACGAGCGUGUGUCUUUUGUCCGUGAAUGUUUAGCUAACCACUGUUGGUGUAUUUAGAGUAAAGUGGAUCAUUGUGGUUGGAAAUUGUAUCAAAAAGUCUAAAUUGCCCCGCGGGGCUAUCGCGAAUUGCGACUCAACAUUGGAAAAUAAUUGGCUAUACUAAAAUCUGAUCAAAAUUCUGGAAGUAACGGUGAUAGAGCAUGGUGACUUGUUGAUACCAGAGGGGUGUUUCUUCGUCAAUAUAACGAGUAAUAACUAAUAAAGCUAAGCUUUUAUUUGA